CUUUUUUUCCCCAUUGUCUUAUGAAAGAGGAUCCCUUAUAAAGAAAACUAUCAAGAUGGAAGAACCCCCUUCUCCUCGCGCGAUACCCCUACUAUGGAUAUCUACUACCCUCUUUACCCGGUCUUUGCCUUCCUGAGUUUCAUUCUCUGCCUUAUUCCUCUACCCUGGCACUGGCAAGCAUGGAACGCCGGCACCUGCGCCUUCAUGAUAUGGACCGCCACAGUUUGUCUCGUCGAGUUCAUCAACGCUCUCAUAUGGCAGGGAAACGUCGAUAACGUCGCCCCCGUGUGGUGUGAUAUCACUGCACAAAUUAUCCUAGGAUAUGGGAUCGGCGUGAACGCAUCAGCCCUCUGCAUAAGUCGCAGACUCUACAAGAUCACUUGCAUCCGCACAGUCUCUGUGACUCGCGAAGACAAACGUCGGGGGAUCAUCGAAGACCUUUGUGUAGCUGUCGGGAUUCCCAUCCUCGCUCUCAUCCUACACAUAGUCGUGCACCCCCACCGCUUCGACAUCCUCGAAAACAUCGGAUGCUACCCCGUUACGUACAACACCCUCCCAGCCUACUUCCUCUGGUUCAUGUGGCCCCUUCUCCUCGCAGUCGCCUCAUUCAUCUACGCCGCACUGACUCUCCGCUCUUUCUUCCGCCGUCGCGCCGAAUUCGCCACGCUCAUAUCCUCCCAGAGCAACUCCUCCAUGAACACCAGCCGCUACCUGCGGCUCAUGAUUCUUGCUUUGGUCAACAUGCUCUUCGCGCUCCCCCUAGGCAUAUAUGUGAUAUACAUCGGCUCUAAAGGUGUCCGGCUCGCGCCCUGGGUAUCCUGGGCAGACACGCACUAUGGUUUUUCACGCGUAGAUCAAAUCCCAGCGCUCAUUUGGCGCGGCGAUUAUGGCUAUGAGGUUGCCGUUGAGCUCACCCGGUGGUUAUCCGUCUUCUGCGCUUUCCUUUUCUUUGCCCUCUUCGGUUUUGCAAGCGAGGCAAAGAAACAGUACCGCCUGGCGUUCUGGAAAGUUUCCGGUUGGUUCGGCUUCAAGCCUGCUCCCUCGAGAGCCAAAGUCAUGGCAGAAGGCUCCACCAACACCGACGAAGAAGCCUCUCCCGCCUUUGCCCAUGUACAAAAACGACCCGAAUCCAUCGAUGUCGCUAUUGCACUCGGGACGUACAAGGAGGAGAAUCUGUCACCCUCAUCUCCUUCAUCUACAGCGCCUCCCUCGUACCGGUUGUCUUCGGCGCGUUCAUUCCCCAAAGAUGAGAAGUACCCCCUCCCACCUACCCCGCGGCCUCCAACGCCUACCUCUCUGCCAGACAUUGAUAGCACCUAUGGACAUUCAACGUACAACGCGGUGACUGCCGACGAAGAAGACGAAGACCUCAUCGUAGUAUCCAACGCGUAUCGCCAUUCAAAUUUCUCCGAUGAUUUCCACCCGAGACCAGCUUCUCAACCCAUACCUACUUACCUCGCGAGGAACUUGUAUCCUCCGGCUCCCAACUCUCGUUUUUCAAAUCCAGUUAUUUGAGCGCAUUUAUUUGCUUACUCAUAAUUCCUUCGCUAUUUUAUGGAAAGUUCAAAUCAAUUUGUAGUAUUACCGCUCCUUUUUUUUUCUCUUUCCUUUGGGUUCAGUCGUCGAGCGAUGUUGGGACCGACGCUGCAUGUAAAAACAGGCGUGUUUCGAAUUACGAAU